GCCGAAACGCCCGCCAGUAUCACCUCUCCUCUCCGGUUUGGCCCGAAAAGCCCUUUCCUCUCUGCCCGUAACGCUCGCCUCUCCCUCCUCCCAGCCCCGUUUCUCUUAAAACCAUGGCCUUCGUAACCGAACCAUGCGAUACAGUCGCUAGAGCUACGUACAAAGACCAUCGAAACCCCAUCUUUCUCGUCCUCCUUCCACACCGCUCCUAGCCUCCUACCUGAAACUAUUGGGAAAUGUAACUUCGCAUCUUUCUAUUCGUGCAAUGGGCGAGAUUCUAUUUUCGCACUUUAUAGCGAGGAAUCGAUCCCCACUUCCACUUCCAUAAUCGGAAAGAAAUAUAUGCUCAAGCGGUUCUUGGCCGCUGUCAAUUGCAUGUUUUUUGCUAGGAAAUCAAGGCCCAAUCUUUCUUGUUUGAUACCUUUGCACUGGGAGUUUCUUGGGACCGCUACUCAGAUAGGAUUCUAGGGUUCCGAUUUUGACAUCCAUGGGUAUGGACUACUACAACAUUCUGAGGGUAAAUAGGAAUGCUACCAAUGAAGAAUGUAGGAAAGCGUAUCGGAGACUGGCGAUGAUUUGGCAUCCCGAUAAGCACCGAGGUGAUAAACAGGUGGCUGAAGCGAAGUUCAAGGAGAUCUCUGAGGCCUAUGAUGUUUUAAGUGAUCCGAAAAAGAGAGCAAUAUAUGAUGAAUACGGAGAAGAAGGAUUGAAGGGGAAUGCACCUUCUUGUUCUCGAAGUGCAACUUCAUACCCCGCCGGUACAAGUGGUCAGAAUAUUUAUCCAUUCAAUUCUAGGAAUGCAGAGGAAAUUUUUGCUGAGGCCUUUCUGAGAGAUUUUGAUUUGGCGUUUAUGGCACAGCCCAAGCCCAGAAGGUCUCAAACAGGAGCUAGAAAAAGUCAAGGUGUCAAUGUUGGAGCUGCAAACAUGUCUCAGAAAGCACCAGGAAUUGAGAGAAAACUUGAAUGCAGUCUCGAAGAACUCUACACAGGAUCUACAAGAAAAAUCAAUUUAUCUAGGAAAGUCAUAACAUCUCAUGGAGAAUCUGUGACUCGAUCAGAGACGGUUGUGAUUGACGUGAAGCCUGGAUGGAAGAAGGGAACUAAGAUCACAUUCCCAAAAAUGGGAGAUGAGGAAGUCAACAUGAUUCCAGGAGAUAUGGUUUUUGAGAUUGAUGAGAAUCCACAUGCUGUGUACACGAGGGUUGGCAAUGACCUCGUUGUUCAACAGAAGUUAUCACUAGCAGACGCCAUUGGAGGAACCACAUUCAAGCUUCAUACCCUUGAUGACCGUGAACUUACAGUUCAACUCGCCAACAUAGUUAGCCCAGGCUACGAGCUUCUGAUUGCCAACGAAGGGAUGCCAAUUGCCCGGGAACCGGGGAGUAAGGGACAUCUAAGGAUCAAGUUUGAUGUUAUUUUUCCUUCUACUUUGACUGAAGAGCAGCGCUCAGGCAUCAGGAACAUCUUAGAGCGCUGAGCUUGGGGACACCUUAAUUCUAACUACUAACUGGUAGUGCUUUUUGCAAUAAGUGUAAAAAAGUUUAGUUCAUAUUUGGUUGAAAAUAAAAUUUUUUAUAGGUUUUUUAUUUAAUUUGAUUCGAGUUAAUUGCCCAUUUUGUAGAAGUGAUGGUGAUAGGUUAUGAGGGUCUUUUUUUUCCCUAAGGGUUUGAUUUGCUUCUUAAUAGUUUGAUCAAAUAAUGAAUCAUGGAGUAUAUUAUUUCUUAGGAAGUAGUGGGUUUCAUUUAGAGGAGUGGGGAUGUUUGGUUUGAUAAUAAUACACUGAUGGAAAUGAUAUUU